AUGAUUAUCACAGGAAACAAUGAAGAAGCCAUUCGUGAUCUUAAACGGUUUCUUCAUACUCAUUUUCGCAUCAAGGACCUUGGACCAUUAAAGUAUUUUCUCGGUGUAGAAGUGGCUCGGUCUUCUCAAGGUAUUUCUAUCUCUCAACGGAAAUACACACUUGAUAUCCAUGAUGAAGCAGGUUUACUUAGUGCCAAACCUGCAAACUUUCCCAUGGAAGAAAACUUGAAAUUAUCCCCAACGGAGGGGCAAAUUCUUCAUGACGCCUCGAAGUAUAGGAGGCUUGUUGGUAAACUCAUUUACCUCACGAUCACCAAGCCAGAAAUUUCAUAUGCAGUUCAUGUACUCAGCCAAUACAUGCAACAACCAAGAAAACCACAUUUAGAUGCAGUUCAUCGUCUCUUACGAUACUUGAAAGGGGCACCUGGACAAGGACUUCUAUUUCCUUCAAAUGGGGACUUAAACUUGGCUGGUUAUUGUGAUGCUGAUUGGGCUCGAUGUUCAAUUACAAGAAGAUCCAUUACGGGUUAUUGCAUAUUCCUUGGAGGUGCAUUGGUGUCUUGGAAGACUAAGAAACAAACUACCGUUUCUAGGUCUUCAGCAGAAGCAGAAUAUCGUGCCAUGGCUUCUGCAACAUGUGAGCUUACAUGGAUGAAAUAUUUGUUGGCUGACUUGCAAGUUGAUCAUCGCAUGCCAGCAAAACUAUAUUGUGACAAUCAAGCUGCUCUACAUAUAGCAGCCAAUCCCGUGUUCCACGAGCGUACUAAACAUAUAGAGAUUGAUUGCCAUGUUGUUCGUGAGCGUAUUCAGUCAUGA